GACACCGGAAGAAAUCGUCGGUUUUGGUGACGCUGCAUUAGACUGCAAGACAUGGACCGGUCUAGGCUGUUCGGGUGCUUCCUCCUCAGCCUGGCUCUUGCUGGAGCUCAGGCACUGACACCGGCGCACCACCUCUCCCUGCCUGAUGUGGCCCGACUGCAGAACCUCCUGAGCCAACAGUUCACUGACCUGGAGUCCGCGUACUAUUCUGUUGUGGGUCUUACCAAGCUUGGAGCGGCCGUUUCAGAUCACAAUCAAGUAUGCCAGUUCCUCAAAUCCCAGCUUGAUCCCACUAGUGUUGACUCUGUCUUCUUUGCUGCUGAGACCAGUCAGGCCAUUUCAGGAUGUGAGAUCCCUGUGUCCAAUGAAACCCGCGACAUCCUCCUGGCAGCAGUUAGUGAAGACUCAACCAUGACACAGAUCCAUCGAGCCGUGAGCGCACUCAACUCUCUGGGACUUCCUCUGGCAUCUCAGGAAGUUGUAGGUGCCCUGACAGCUCGCAUCAACAAGGAGGACAAUGUUAUGGCUAUCACCUUAGCUCUGCAAACAGCAGCUCGCCUCUCCCAGCAGGCAGAGCUCGGAGGAAUACUGGAGGAAAUCGAGGAUCUGACAGCUCGUUUGGAUGACCUCGGUGGCAUCUACCUUCAGUUUGAAGAGGGACUCGAGGCAACUGCUAUGUUUGUGACUGCUGCUUAUUCCCUGUCAGAUCAUGUGGACAUGGAGCCUCCUCUCAAGGAGGACCAGGUCAUCCAGCUGGUGAAUUCCAUCUUCAGCAAGAAAUCCUGGGAUUCUUUGGCCGAGGCCUUCAGUGUGGCAAGUGCUGCCGCCGCUCUCUCUAGCAACCGCUUCCACGUGCCGGUCAUUGUCAGUGCUCAGGGCCCAGCCACAGUGUCCCACAGCCAGCCGACCCUGCAGCUCCUUGUUACUGAUGUCAUGUCUCAACCUCUGGCCUCAGCCAAUGUGCUGGUGGAGUCUGCGUAUGCUGUGGCCUCCAAGAGCAUCAUCCUCAGCCAAGUACCCUUCACACUUAAUGACGGCGUCUUUGAACUGAACUUCAUGUCCAACCAGCCCGCCAGUGGAUAUUACCAGUUUACCAUUGCAGUGACUGGGGAUAGCCGACUGGUUGCCAAUCACGUCGAGCUUAAAGUAAAGGUGUCCACUGAGGUGGCUGUUACUAACAUGGACCUCUCAGUGGUGGAUAAGGACCAGAGCAUCGGCACAAAGACCACCAGAGUGGACUAUCCUUCCAAAGCCAAGAGCUCCUUCACCGCAGACAGCCACCAGAACUUUGCCAUGUCCUUCCAGCUGGUUGACGUCAACACCGGAGUGGAGCUUACCCCUCACCAGACUUUUGUCCGGCUGCACAAUCAGAAAACUGGCCAAGAGGUCGUGUUUGUGGCUGAACCCGACAGCAAGAAUCUGUACAAGUUUGAGUUGGACACAGCAGAGCGGAAAUCAGAGUUUGACUCCAUCUCCGGGACCUAUUCCCUCUACCUAAUUGUUGGGGACGCUACCUUGGAGAAUCCCAUCUUGUGGAAUGUGGCUGACGUUGUCCUGAAGUUUGUGGAUGAAGAGGCCCCAGCUACCAUUCAGCCCAAGACUCUUUAUGUACCCAAACCAGAGAUCCAGCACUUAUUCAGGGAACCAGAGAAGAAGCCUCCCACUGUGGUGUCCAACACCUUCACGGCACUCAUCCUGUCUCCCUUCCUGCUUCUGCUCAUCCUGUGGUUUAAGCUCGGAGCCAACAUCUCCAACUUCAGCUUCUCUCCCAGCACCAUUCUGUUCCAUGUGGGACACGCAGCCAUGCUGGGCCUGAUGUACGUCUACUGGACCCACCUGAACAUGUUCCAGACUCUGAAGUACCUGGCGAUUAUUGGCGGUGUAACUUUCCUCGCCGGGAACCGCAUGCUGGCCCAGAAAGCAGUCAAGAGAAUUGAGAAAAAAUAAGAGCAA